AUGCUCAUGUUGCGGGCCGCCGGCGCCAGGGCGGCGUCCGCGGUCGUCGCCGGCGCCAGGAGGAGACCCGGCCUCCUGCCGGUCGCCGUCGCCGGUCUCGCGUCCUCCUCAUCAGGACCACCAUCGGGUGGGAAGCGGAGGAAGGGCCAGCGGCGGGGCGAUGCCAAGCCCCAGCCCCAGCCCUCUGAGAUCCCCAGCAACAAGAAGCCCAGCGCGAGGCCGGCCAAGGACAGGAAGGCCCGCCCGGCUACGGAAGAGGCGCAAUGGCCAUCGGGCCAGGAGAUUGAGCUGAGGAAGCAGCCGCCGGAGAAGCCGAAGCGGGUGGUGCGGUGGCGCUGCGCGACGGGGUGCGGCGCCUGCUGCAAGCUGGACAAGGGCCCCGAGUUCCCCACCCCCGACGAGGUCUUCGCCGACUUCCCCGACCACCUCCAGCUGUACAAGAGCAUGAUUGGCCCCGAUGGAUGGUGUAACAACUACGACAAGUCCAACCGAACCUGCAACAUCUACGAAGACCGGCCAUUCUUCUGCCGGGUCGAACCGAAGGUCUUCGAAGAGUUCUUUGGCGUGCCACGCAGCAAAUUCAACAGGGAAGCCUGCAGGUUUGCUGCCUCUUGUGUUGUUGUUCGUUGCUUGCGUGGAUAA